GGCACAUUAGAGAGACAGAUAGGAAAAAUCUUAUACUUCAACAUCCUCCAUAGUGCUAGGUUGCAUAUCACCAUAAAGACGGUCAAUUCAAAGCAUACUAAGUAGGGUAUUGCAGGGAACAGUACUUGGAGCCCACAAUUCAUCAAAUUGGACAGUGGACUAGGCUCCAAGCACACAAACUCAUCUAUGCAUUCAAAGAUAAACACCCCCCCCCCAUACUUAAGCACGACAUUGCCCUCAACGGAGAAGAUGGAAAGAUAAGGGGAAUGAUGUUACCGGAAAAACGGACUACCGGAGGACUAGCGAUGGGACUAGUAUGUCGGGGUGGACGCGAUGGUGGUCAGUCGAUGCUGUCAUAUCUGGUUUGGGGCAAUGAGGCGAGAAGGGAAGAAAAGAAUAAGUCUCGCGGGUGGAGACUUCAUAUUCAUCAAGUACACGAGCCUACAUCACCUGUCAUACCACAUGCUCAUGACUUGAGACUUCGCCUCGCUAACGUGAACCUCAAAUUCAAGGAGGUUCUAGUAUGGACCAAAACUUAAGAGCCACCGUCCGGCUCACGACGUGAAAGAAGCGCUUGUUGGGAGGCAACCCAACCAGUCGGUUUGCACUUUCUUUCCCUAUGUCUCUUCGGUUGAGUCAGAUUGUUUUUUGAGUUUAGAGUCAAUAACUCAACCUUUGUGGAAUUUUGUGUGGUGUUUCUGUUUUGAAUGCUCUUUCUCAACUUUCCUCCUGGAAUGCACUGCCUGUCCCGUUCACCAUCAUUCACACUUGAUCUGGUAACUUCGUUCUACCCUCCUUACUUUUCCUCCAUUGAGGACAAUGUCGUGCUUAAGUGUGGGGGGAUGUUUCAUUAUUUUUGCGUGUGAAUGUUCGGUUGUUUGUGUAUGUUUGGAGCCUAGUUGUUACACCCCGCUCUUCCCAAAAGUCAAAAUGACUAUCAUGCCCUCAGGAAAAUUUGUCAAAUUUCAUCGUAAUAUCGAUGAGGACUAAAAAUGCGAUCUCUCGACCCAAACUGUGUCGAGUUUCAACAUAAAAUGAGGUAGUUAUGGAUAUUAACUGAGUUUUGAAUUAAACUCACUUUAUACCAACUAAUCGGAAAAUUCUCAAAAUACUCCAUGGGUUUGGCAUAAAACUAACCUAAACCCUAACUCUUGCUAGCGGAAAUCAUCCUCCUAAAAUCGCCGGCGCGUAUCACCGUCGUCUCCACGCUCUUCACGGGGACGUCGCUGCUGGGGAUGCUAAUGAGGUAGUUGGCGUGGACGAAAUGCGUCGCCGAGGAAACGAAGCAGGAGAAGGCGAGGAGGAAGCGAACAGCGACCGCAGAAUCCUGACGAGAUAAGCGAAAUCCAGAAGCUUACUCUAUCGCCGAAGAUCUCUCGAGCUGAAGGAGAGGAGUAAAGCAGAAGCUCUUGAGACUUUGUGAAGAAAAAAAGACCACUAAGAAAAAGGGGAAUCGGAAGCUCCCACCUUAAAUCGCUACUCUUCCCACUCCAGUGAAGAAAAACAACAACAGAGGGAUGGCAGGUUCUUCGAAUUUCACUGUUAACAGCAGCAGCCCAGCUAUUAAACUCGACUUACGAACCCAGUUCAGAUCUCCACUGGGCUCCUUUGCUCUUCUGUAGAUCUCCCUUCGUUCUACUACUUUUACUGUGAGGUAUUGAAGGGCUUCUUUUUAAUUUGUGGGUUUCCUCCAUGGAGGCCGCGAAACUUGCAGCUGAUGCUGAUACCUGAAGAACCAUCACUUUUGGAUUUAUUAGCUGUUAUCAAUUGAUACUGAUACAUGAGCUAGUUUCUGAGAUGGGUAGUUUUGCCUCCGAUGAACUCCACAACAGCAACGCAAAAGCCAUUGAUGCGUCGGUGGACGGUUUAGUUUGGGUUCGCAGGAGGAACGGGUCGUGGUGGCCUGGUGGGAUUAUGAGUAUGGACGAGAUUGCGGAGGGUAAUUUGGUUUUGCCAAGAUCGGGCACUCCAGUCAAGCUUCUUGGCCGGGAUGAUGCUAGUGUGGAUUGGUAUAAUCUUGAAAAAUCCAUAAGGGUGAAGGCAUUUAGAUGUGGAGAAUAUGAUGAAUGCAUCGAAAGAGCUAGGGUAGCAGCAGCAAAUGGCACUAGAAAAGCAGUCAAAUAUGCUCGUAGGGAAGAUGCUAUUCUCCAUGCUCUUGAGAUUGAGAAUGCUCGAUUGGAAAGGGGAUUCAUGAAAGAAGGAAUAUUGUUUGAUUACCUGCAUGAUUCUCUCGACCUAAGCUCUCUUGUCAUUGUUCUGGAAGCCGAUAGCGGUGCUGUGAAGGCGAUUGAGGUAUCUGUAGAGAAGGAAGAUGUUGUAGCUGAAUAAGAUAGCCAACGCAAGAGGGACGAGUAGUAAAUCCAGCUCUUUCUUAUGGAAAUCCAAUGAGAAGUAGCGGCGACGUUGAUCCACUCUUGGUUGAGGUUCAUCAUCGGACUACUGAGGUGAGUGUAAAGGGGGUAAAUUCUAAGUCUUGCGUAUUCUUUUAAGUAUUAUGAUUUUAAGUAUUUUAGCGAAUUGAUUAUCGUUGCUUGGUUAUGUGUAUGAUUGAUUAUUUGUGCUUUGCUUAAGUUAUGGUUGGAGAUGAUUUUGUGCUAUUUGAGGUGAUUUUGUUUGAGCUAUGCUUGAAGUGAAUGUUUAUUAAAUACUUUGAAAUUUGUACGAGUAUAAGUUAUUAUUAAAGAGUAAGAAACAAGUUCUUUUAAAGAAGUAACCCACUUUAAAGAAGGUGAAGUCGUUUUAAGUGCUUUUAGUCACUAGUGCCAGUCCGUUGCCAUUUGAGAUUUUCAGAUAGAGUAGCAGUUAUGCUCUUGAGAAUUUUAAGAUGAGUAGCAGUUAUGCUCUUGAGAAUCGGGGUGAAGAGCCACCACGGUAAGUUUAAGAUGUUAGGGGGAUGAAUCGUUACGACUUCCCUAACCAAGUUUAAGUUUAAGGAAAGCCUGGAUGGCUUCUCAUACGUAUGAGUUGGCAACCGGACUAGCUAGUGAGGGAUCCCCGUGUCGGUCAAGUAUUUUAGUCAAGAUUUGAGCUUAAAGAGAGGAGAGUAACUUCAACUCCCUCAAAGUUUAAGAGUUAAGAUUUUAAGAUUGGAAGUAAAAACAACUUCCACUAGUCAAAGUGUUUAAGUAAAGUACUCAAGUAUUAGAAGUAUUAGAAGUUAAGUGUUUAAGUAAAGUACUCAAGUAUUAGAAGUAUUAAAAAGUAAGGGCGUAGAAUGACCCCAUCUCACUCACCAGUUUGAAGAGCUAGAGGAGGAGCUAGAGGACCAGUUAGGGAGCUUCGAGUUCGAGAGCAGACAACUAGAGGAGGGCAGUAUAAGCGUCACAACGAAUGGCUAGUCAAUGUUGUUAGCAACAACAACGUUGGAGAUUAUUAGUUAUUUACAUUUAUGAUUAUAAGUAUAGAUUGGAGAUCAUAUUGAGAUUUUAAAGUUUGAGUUUAAUUUGCCCACAUGUUAGGGCAUUGCUUUGAACCACAAAGUGUGUGUGUUUCAGUAUUUUAUUUAUGAAAAUUUUUCCUACUGCAAUUUAGGAUUUGAGUAUUUUAUUUAUCAAGGGCAUUUUGGGUAAAAGUAGUACCCGGCCGGGUUAGGGUGCUUCACUAGUCCACUGUCCAAAUUUUGAUUUGAGGGCUCCAAGUACAUGUUCCCUGCAAUUGUCUGCUUAGUAUGCUUUGAAUUGACAAUCUUUAUAGUAUCAUGCAACCUAGUGAGGUAGUUGUAGCACUAUGGAGGAUGUUGAUGCAUCAAGAAGUCUCCUUUCUUCUUCAUAUUGUGUUGGUUGAUUGUGAGAAUUAGUGAUCUUAGGACACUUGAAUCGUGUGGUAUCGAUGACUCUCUACCUGACGUGGACUCCUGUAUCAUAUUUUGAAAAAUGUGCUUUCAAAAUUAUUUCUCCCGUGUGGAAAUAGGUGAAAGUGUGUAAGGGAAGACAUGAAUCCGUUCCCAACUUCCACCUACUACUUCCAGCCCCCUUACACCUCUUUCCCCCACACGAGGCUUUAGACAUCUGCUCUCGGUAUGGUCGACAAGAGCUACUCCCGGCAUGGUCGGUAAGAGCCGGUCUUCCUCAAAACCUUGGCUAGGUGGGAGCCCCGUUUCUGAGAAUAAUAGGUUGGAACUCUUGCAAAAUGACAAAAAUAAAGAAGAAAAUAAAAAACAAAUAAAGAAGAAAGGGGGUUCCAACCAUCUUUAAAGGAAAAAAUAGAGCACCUAAAAAGGUGAGUCCAUGAUCUUUCUAUUUUUUAGAGUCUCUUUGUCCACGAAUCAAUUGUCCUCCUAUCACUACUUGGCAUGAUCCCGACUCGAGACUAGAGUUCUCGCCGAAGAAGCCAAGAGGUGUCUUGUGCGUUGGUUGACCUUGUAAGCUGCUAAAUGACUUAGAACGUCGUCUACCGACAAUCGUGAUUGCAUGUUUCUAUAAAGUUCUGGAGAGUUUCAUUGGUUUGAGUCAGCUUUGCUUGGGGAAAAGCAAUAAGUUAAGUGUGGGGGGAUUUGAUGACUCGAUAUUUGCACAUGUUUUCCCCUUCAUUUCUUGAUCGUUUAUCUUGGAAAUUGAUUGUUACUUGGCCUAUUUUACGCAACGAAGCUUAGGAGUGCAUGCUGGAAAUUGUGCCCCGCCGUGCAAUAUUGUGCACGACCGUGUGAGUUUUCGAGGAGGUUUGCACGGCCAAAAACCCCAAUUUGCACGACCGUGCAAGUAGGGGAUGCGAAUAUCAGCGUGUAUAAAAGUUGUUUUGCAAUUUUUGGAGAGAGAGAGCUGGGUUUUGGAUCCCAAACACACAAGGGACGAACCAAAGAGAGAGAGAGAGGGCGAUCUAGAGCCAUUAUUGGAGCUAUUUUGUAGGAUUCUUCACCAUUGAAGCUCAAGGAACAAGUCUAGACAUGAAGAUUGAAGAUCUUGAAAAUUAUACUGCAAUCUCUCUCUUCUCUAUGGAGUAACUUCCCUUCACUUAGGUUUUGAGGAACCCUAGUUCCAUGUGUUAGGAUUUUUCUUGUAUGAAGUUUUGGAUGCUAUAUUGUGUGAUUAUAAUCGAUUGAGGCAUGAUUUAUUGAGUCAAUUGAAUCCUGAUCAAAUUCUCUUGAUUUCUGCUUUAACAUAUGAUAGAUAGAAUCUGAUUAGGUUAAGGGAGCUUCCUUGAUUGAUAGUAAUGAUUUUAUUGUGCGAGAGUCAGUCAAUUCACUGCUUUGUACUGUAAUUUAUUCCAUGUAGUGGAGAUCUGUGUGAAUCGCCUUAGUAGUCUAUUCCGGUAAAGUCUAGUCGCCUGUCGGGUAUUAUGUCUAAGAGGACUUGGUCAGCUUAAGAGAUUCCAAGCUAAUUUAGGAUCUUCCGCAGUUUAAUUAACAGUAAAACAACCAAAAGGAAUUACAACUUGGACCUGAUUGAGGAGCUAGGGGGAAUCAUACCUAAGUUAGUUCCCAACCUAUAAUUAUUAGAGUAGUUAGUUUAGUAAAUCAAUCAUUAAUAUAGUUUGCUAGAUAAUGAACUGAAGCUGAAUAAUAGUAACUCUAGAGACCCGGGAUUCGAUAUUUAUUACUUGUGCCACUAUAAUGCAGUCCCUUUCACUGGUUGCACUUGGACAUUGUUAAGUGUUGUGUCGUAGCGUGUCCUCGGGCCGUAACUCCUUAUCGUUCCGAGGCGGGAAAGUUACGGGCUGUGGAGAGAGUUAUGGGCAAGCCCGUAAUUGGGGGUAAGCCACACUUUUUUCCAAAAGCUCUCUGGAAGUUACAGGCAAGGCCGCCAAGUUACAACCAUGGCCGUAAUUUGAGGCCUCAGGCCGUAACUUCUGGGAAGCUUUUGUGUGUCUCCACCCAAACGCACCAAAAAUGUCCCCAAACACCAAAAACACCCCCUCUGGUCCCCCGAGACCAAAAUUUCACCAGAAUGACACCACAAGACAUAAUAAUCGACCACAAAACUCCAUGUUUGACACACAAAAACAAAGAGAGAAAAGGAUAGAAAUACAAACCAAGGUCAGGUUGCCUCCCCACAAGCGCUUCUUUACUGUCUUUUAGUUGGACGCCCAUGGCGGAACUAAGGGUCCGCGAGAUCAAUCACCAACUCCACCCAUUCGAAAUUGCCUCCCAUAUACAACUGAUGCCCAUUUACCUUUAACUGCUCAGUCUGCGGGUUGGCAAUCUCAAUAGUGCCAUACGCAAACACUUGCCCUAUGUUUAGUAACUCUCAAAAGGAACCGAUCCCCUCUUCCUCAUAUGUGGCUAACUUGUAUUCGAACAUAGAAAAUCGACAUUUGCUCCCUCAAGAACUUAGGUGCUUUUCCCUUUUGGAAUUGAACUCUUGGUGCUUGCCUCCUCUCUACCACGCCAUAGAGUUGCGACCGCAUGGCAUCUCAGAUUUAGUAAAUUUUUGGACAUGUGUGAUGACUAUUAUCGACAUCAUGGCAUGGCUUGGCUUCUUAACUCACGAACACGUGGUCGUCUUACCUCACUAUGACCUCGUGGCCACCUCUACGCAGUCUCCUCGUCCCGUCAUGACCAUUAUUGCUGGUCUUGUCAUCACAACGACGUGGUCGUCUCUUCGCAACCCCGAUGCUCUCUAGGACUUAGUCAUUUUAGUUCAGAAAUCUAAUACCAUCACUACAACAAAUAUGGGAUUCACAACCAUACAAAUUGGCCGCAAUAUUAAGAAACGUGGUCGUGAAAGGAUUUUGCGAACAUUAAUAAUGGUCGCCGGACUAGUCAUAUAUACAUUGUCCCGAAAAGUAACUACGACCACCUUUUCAAAAUGCUCGACAUAAAGAUAUUUUCGAUGACCAUAUACACUGGUCGUGGAAAGCUUGAUAUUAUACGACCAGAAUAUAAUGGUCGCUUGUUACCUAUUUCGCAACAGAUACAUGUUGGUGGCCUAACAUGUUAUUGCGAAAACAAACAUGGUAGCCGAGUGUCUGUCUUAGGCGACGAAUUUCAAUGGAGUCUCUUCAGCGACCACAAUGUUAUGGUCGCAAAUAAUUUUUUCCACAACCAUUUUAUUCAAUGCAUAUAGCUGAUUAUUGGAUAAGUUUUGCCCCUAAUAAAGUGGGAGAAAAGUAUUUGUAUCUAAACAUAAUCUGUAACAAUAGUGUCAUCAUACAUUACUAAAGAUAAGUACCAUAUAUUUCAUACUUCAUUGUUCAAUUGUUGGCAAAGUACUUCAACACAAUUAACUAGUUAUGGCCAAAAAAGUAUUAUCUCACUACAAAAUUAGGUCUUCCCUGAAUAUAUGUCCACCUAUAUAUUCUUUUAGCACUCCCCACAAUGUUAUAUCCACAUAACAUGAAGCACUACCCAAAAUUCUUCCAACCUAUAACUUAUCAUUAUUAGUUGUAUGGAAAUCAACCAGCAAUAAACACAUUAUAUCAUUAUAAGUAACAACUUAAAACAUUUUACACAAUUUCUUAUGCUAGAUACAUAUAUUUAAGGACUUCUACUCUAAUGUUAAGAAGUGUAUAUCAAUAUAAUCAACAAUAGCUUCCUAAGACAACCAUGACUAGCAACAUCAAAGGAAGAAUAGAUUGCCCAACAAAGAGGCAACAACAUGAGAACAAGGCCAAAGGUUCUCCAUUCAUAAGUUUCAAACUAAUUUUAGAGACCAUUUAAGGGACAAGAGAGUCUCCAAAUAAAAACAAAGAUAAACUAAAGGGGCACAAAGCAGAUUGACAUAACAUGCACUAACCAACCAGAAAAUUGAUAACACUAACAUAAAUCGUAAGUGUGAUCAAAGAAAGUGAACACCUUGUUGCGCAUUCCAAAAGAAGCAGUCGUGUUGUGUUCUUUGCUUGAAGAAGACCUUGUGAUAGGUUCAUUGAGGCCAACUUGUGGUGCUAUGGGAGGCUGCAAGACAUAACUAAGUUUCAGUAUGGAAGAAGUCUUGUGAUCGAUUUCCAAGUGGAUUUGCUGUCUAAUUUUUUGUUUUGGGAGGACUCGGUACAUCUUCUUUACCGAAAACAUAAGACGGAAAGCAAUAAGCAGAAGGGAGUAUAAAAUGGAGCUAAUGUAACAAUCGACUAGUGUUAGAGCUGCAAACAAACCUAAUAGAAAGUAAUAUGCCAUUAUACAAACCAAAUCUUCCUAUCAAACUACUAUGAUUUGUAUGAACAUUUAUGCAUUAAACUUAUGGGAUUUAAUCAUAGGAGACCAGAUUAAAUGGUCGCUAAAAUUUUAAUAAUUUGCGUCGAACUGUAUAGUCGCCGAAAAAGAAAAUAUGGCCGCCAAAAUGUUUUCAUCUUCCCGCCUUGAUAAAGUAAACCCAACAAAAGGUUCUCUUCAAAUAUUUGACAAUUCGCGACCUUUUAUAAAUUGUGGUGGCGCAUAAUGACAUUACUGUCGACCAUGUUUUUGAAUGGUAAUAACCUUUUUCUUGUAGUGCAUGAAGCAGCUUUUAAAUAAUUAUUAUAACUAACUUGGUCUUAUAAGAGAAUUAAUUACCUUGUAACUCAUCAAUGUGGUACAAUAUACUUUUUAGGUGUAAACAAAUUCCCCCAUUAUAGUCAAAAUCCCGAUUUAAAGAUUAAGAACUUACGAUUUUAUGAUCUUACCAAUGAGUACUGGUCCUGAUUUUACUACUAAAUAUUUGAACCAUAAACUCCCAUUAAAUUCUGAUUUAAAACUGUAAAAUUCAUAUAAUCUACAAUUUAUAUGAUCUUGUAUGAUUUCAAUGUUCAAGUAAAUUGAAGCAAAUUUAGGUGGACCACGUCAAAUUUUUCCCAAUAACGAAGCUUUUUCAAUCGAAACACGAAUCCCCAAUAUUCGGUCUCGAGCUUAAAUACCCUCGUCAGUAGGGAUGAAAACAAAACCCAAACCCACGGGUACCCACCCGACCCAACCCUGUCAACGCGGGUAAAAUCCGUGUUGACGGGUUUUGGGUAUAAACCCGUUCACUAUUCAUCGGGUUGGGUUUGGGUAAACCCGCCCCAUGGGUACCCACCCACACCCAUAUAAUUAAUUUUCUCGGUAUAUUUAAUAUUCUAAACAACUAAUCUUACUUAUGUUUGUGGAGACAUGUCUAAUUUUAUCUUUCUAAUUGUGUAGAAUGAAGAUGAUUGUAUCGAGUGGAAAGUGAAGAAACUUAAUUGACAAGGAGGAAGAAGCUUUCAAUUAAUCAUGUUAUUUAUGGAUAAUUUGUGAUUUGGUUCAAUUUUCUUGAGUUUUCUAGAUUGAUGUUGAACAAUUUGUAUAGUUAAAUUGUGAUUUGCUUGAAUUUUCUAAAAUGGUGUUUCAUAUAUGGAUAAUUUGUAUUGAGAGAUUGAUAUUUGACUUUAAUUUUGAUAGAAAAUUUUUACGACAAAAACCCAUGGGUACCCAUGAACCCGCAAAUACCCAGCUGAUGGUUUGAGUUUUUAAAACCCAGUGGGUUUUAUUCCGGAUUUUUUUCACGGAUAAACCCAUGGAUUUGGGUUUGGCAAAACUCGACCCAACCUGAUCCAUUGUCAUCCCUACUCGUCAGUCGCGAUUACACAAAAGGUUGCAGUUUUGUUUCCUUGGUUCUGAAUUAGUGCAGUGGCAACCAUAACUUAUUUCCUUUUUCAAUGAUGGAGACAACACUUUACUUCGGUUUCCCCUAGGGAUCCUUAUUCAACCCACAAGUAGAAAUGCGUAGUCGCAACAUAGCAGGCCUUACACAAAUCUAGUAGACUUUAGGGGUCGUUUGGAGAAUAUGAGUUUAAAUCUAUAGAUUGUCAACAAUCUAAAGAUUCUAACUCUUUGGAUUAUUGAAAAUAUAUUUUAAAAUGUUUA